GUUCGCUCGAGAUUUACCAUUCCGAUUCGAUAGGACUAGGUGAUACCAAAUCCUAAAACCUUAUUGCUGUGCGGCAUCACCAGUCCAGAAAUAUCUCGUGUGAGCGGACUAUUAGAAGUGCACCAAUUUGGUGAAGGUACACUGUGGUUUUCGUUUUGGAUAGAGCUUAUCUGGGUGAUUUUAGUUGGUGUGGUGAAUUUGUUGAUUAGCAAAAUGGGAUCUUUAGCUAGAAUAAUAGUGGACGGCUACACAGAUCUAAUGGAGAACAAGAGUGAUCCGAGAGUCAAAGAUUGGUUCCUGAUGAGUUCUCCGUUUCCUACUAUCCUUAUUUGUAUCACAUACGUUUAUUCAAUGAAGGUCUUAGGCCCUAGAAUAAUGGAGAACAGAAAACCUUUUCAGCUCAACAAAGUUCUUAUUGUUUACAACUUAUUGCAAGUUUGCAUUAGUACGUGGUUGUUUUAUGAGAGUUGUGUGACAGGCUGGUUGACUCAUUAUAGUUUCAGAUGUCAAACUGUCGACUAUUCCAAUGAUCCCAUGGCUUUAAGGAUGGCCAGAGGCUGUUGGUGGUAUUAUAUGUCGAAAUUCUCAGAAUUUUUCGAUACGCUCUUCUUUGUUCUUCGUAAGAAAAAUCGUCAAAUUUCAACUCUGCACAUUCUUCAUCAUGGAAUCAUGCCACUGUCAGUGUGGUUCGGAGUCAAAUUCACUCCUGGUGGACAUUCUUCAUUUUUCGGUUUUCUCAAUACCUUCGUCCAUAUCAUCAUGUACACUUACUACCUGCUGGCUGCUUUGGGACCUCAAUAUCAAAAGUAUCUCUGGUGGAAGAAGUAUCUCACGACAAUCCAAAUGAUUCAAUUUGUUCUCGUCGUUAUCCACGCCUUCCAGUUGGUCUUCAUAGAAUGUGAUUAUCCUAAAGCAUUUGUAUGGUGGAUCGGAGGACAUGGCUUGAUGUUUUACAUCCUCUUCUCCAAAUUCUACAAAGAAACCUACAAGGAUGACAAUAAAAAAGAGAAAGUAAAGGUUGAGGAUAAACCCACGGAGGAAUCAAUGGAUGAUGAAUUUGAAGGGCUUAGUGAAGAUGAUGAAAGAAGAUUCAAUAUAGGAAUAUGUUUUGCCACCCAAACAUCACUAUACGACGAUGAUGACAGCCUGAAAAAAAUCAAGAAAGGUUACAAGACCGAUGAUAAUACUCUCAGAAACAGAGCAUUCAUAAAUACCAUUACCACUGCAGAUUCAUAGUAUUAGUGACGAUUAUUCAUUGCUCAAUUCCCAUGUGUUUCCUAUUUGCUUUUAUCAUUUCAACGACGUAAAAAAUCCUUCAUUUCAUAUCAUUACACUUGACCUAAAGUUAUGCAGUGAAAUGCGUGAACGAAAACCAAAGAGUUAUUUUAUAGAUGCCUGAAUGAUGAUGCUUUCACUGGAGUUUCAUUUUAUACUAUAGGUACUGGUAAAUAAACUCUCCAACCAACGACGUAGGAAUGGUUGUCAUUAUUAUACCAGCAAUAAUAUACAACAACCUUUCUCACUGGGAAUUUUUGUUAUUUUAUUUUACAUUGAUUGUUUAGGAGUUUGUUCAGCUCUCUUUGUGAAAGUAAACACAAUAAAAACCAUUUUAAAUUUGGGUCCUUAAUAAACUCAUUCAGUUCAAUCAAAUGAACAUCACAAGUAGUUUAUGUGUAUUCAGGAGGUUCGAUAAAAAUCUAGCGGAGGUGAUAAUGUGUAUUAGACUUAUGUAUAUAUAAAUUUUAUAUUUAAAUAGGCAUAGUUAGACUAAGUAGGUUUGAUUAAAUAAUUCUUGAUACUU